CACACAUCAUAAACACAUGCAGAGGCAGAACCGUCAGUAUAGAUACCAUUUAAUGCCAUGAUGAGAUAGUCUAGGUUACGGUGAUGUGUUGCUAUGCACAUGUUCACUUUCGAUGGAAACUGGAAGUGAAAGGAACAUUACGAGUUGACGGAAGGAUCUCCUAACAAAGACAUUAGAAACGUUUAAAUGUUGAAGUACUGUGUCCGUGUAAUGUUUCAUAAGUGCAAGGGAAUUCGAAACGAAAUCAAAUAUUUUGACAGAAACUCGACACAAGUCAGUCUUGUUUAUUAUUCACCUCAGAAGUGAAAAAACAGCUGAUACUACUUCCUUGAAGUGUAUUUGUUUUUCGCCCAAGCACAAUUUGCCUCAAACACACCCAGCCUUGCAGUAACAAUGACGCUAGUGUGUCGUGCUUCUGUGUUCUUUGUGGCAUUUAUCGGACUGCAUAGUGGUGAAGUUCUUCUGACGGAGGACUCCCCAUGGACGAUCGUGGCUGGAACUAAUACCUCUGUCACAUGUGAACACACAAACAGUACCAACUACACCGUGUCCUGGGUCAAACUGGAACAUUCCAGAUUUACAGCUAAUAAUGAAUCUCUACGUUUCCGAAACGUCCAAGUCGCAGACCACGGAAAUUACACAUGUCUUAUUGAAGGAAAUGACACUGUUCGUGACAACAGAACCUUGGAAAUCCAAGUGAGCUAUCCCCCGGGGAAUAUCUCGGUAUCAGUUAGAAACAGACGCGGAAAUAAAACCAACUACACCAUUUCGGGUGGCGACAAUGCUACACUGGUGUGUUCUGUUGAUGGCUUUCCUCCACCCCUCAUCACCUGGAGAAAAGAUUACGUCAUCAUGAAGGAAGAAAACCUUACAGACAGAUAUGCCGUCCACCAGCCUCCGACUGACGGCUUCAUCAGUGUCUUCAACGUGAUCAGCGCCUGGCGUGACGACAGCGGCACUUAUACAUGCACCGCCAGCAACAGCCCGAACCAGAAUGAUAGUCGGCAGUUUGAAGUGUACCUUGAAGUUCCUAAAUACUUCCCAGCUUUGCAAAAUCAGUCGGAACAGACACAGACCUACACAGUCGUCGAGGGCGAAUCGACUGUGGUCACGUUUACAGUCGUUUCAAGUCCUGAGUCCUUAGUUGCGGGAUGGCGCUUCCAUGGAAGUGACAUCGAUCUUUUCAAUAUGAAAGGAGGCAAUUCAGCAUGGUACAGGAAAAAUAGGACAAUCUCAACUAAUAUUCAGUUAUUUGAAUUCUACCACGUGAAUGUUACUCAAAACACGACUGGUGUGUACAACGUCACCCUCACCAAUGGUCUUCGCCGUAAUCUGGAUCUGGAUUACAAUAUCAGGAUGGAAUAUGAUUCAACAGAUACCACUGUUGAGAGUUUCAUUACAACGGAAGGCUACACCAAUACGAGUGAGAUGGAGAAGGAGGACGAGUACUGUGACUCCACGUGCAAGAUGAUGUGGGGUCUUGUUGUCGGGGUCGUUAUCGGGGCUGUUCUAUUCCUUGUCCUGUUGUCCUUCUGUCUCAGAGUAUUCUGUGAUUCAAAAAUGUCUCACCCGUCGAUAGAGGAUAUCUUCAGUGAACUAGAUGACAGCAUGGCUACCAUCAAGUACACUGCGGCAGAGAGCGCCCAGGUUCUUCAUCCCAUCGCACCACAGUACACCUUCAGAGAAACCAACGAUGUCACGGAAUGCUGAUCUACAGGUUCUCUAACUGACACCCAUCUCGCAAGCUCUUCCAUCACUGUAUCACUGCAGUUAUUUCCAAGCACCUGGUGUCAAUCAUGUAACAUCUGUCAUCUGUGUAACCUCGUAUUUAGCGAAAACCGGGCCUCUAUUGUACGUAUACAGUUUUCUUGAACCCUCAGUAUCAUGGCUACAACACAAUGGUUCGCGAACAGCUGUUCUCAUUACAACAGCAUUUCUUGUUUUAACUAGCCCUUGGUGUCACCAAAGUAUCAUGACACCGUUUCAUGAACACUUGAUAUAAUCACAGGGGGUGGAUUUGUUCGCAAACACCUGGUGUUACGUCAACAACAUUAAUUAUAACAUUUCAUGAGGAUUCCGUCUUGUAAAUAGUUUUGUUUGGUUUGAAUUUGUACAUAAAGUGUGUAUGUGUGUGUCACAUAAAACUAUGCUUCACUCACUCAGAUCUGUAUUACAUAGUAUAUAUAAUGUAAUGUGGACAUACGAAACAUGCACUUGAGUCAUAUAAUUCGGGAUUUCUUAUACUUCCUUAAAUAUACUUCCUUGACAUGUCGUUCCCCAUCAGCGUGGGUCUGAGCUCAUGAUGCUGAUCACUGGAUUGUCUGGUGACAGAUCGUUCCCCAU